AUGCUCCGAGUGCGGGAAGCCCAGGAGCGGCUCAAGGAGAGGAAGAAGGAGCUGGCUCUCGCGGAGGAGGAGAUGCGGAAGGCGGAGGACAGGCAGAAGGACCUCAGGGAAAAGCUCAGUGCUGCGCUGGAGCAGUCCGGCACCGAAUCCCUCAAGGCGCAGGAGGAGCAGAUGAGGGCAGAGCUCAAGGAGAAGGCGCAGCAGCAAGCCCUGCUGGCAGGGCAGCUGGCGAAGGCCCAGGCCGAGCGCGAAACCCUGGAGAAGUUGUACCAGGCGACGGUCACCAGCGUUUUCGGCGGGGUGAAGAGGACCAGCCAAGAAACAUGA